UAAAGUUUUCUUUAAAUGGAAAAAAAAAAACCAGCCUUCUAAAUCUGCCAACAUAAUCUGUUCUAACAAUUCUCUAAAUUUCUCCGACCACAACCAUGGCAGUAAAGGAAGCGAGCUGGCCAACAGAUUCUCACUUCCCUCCAGGGUUCCGUUUCCAUCCCACAGACCAGGAGCUCAUCACCCAUUACUUGAAGAAGAAGGUCUCUUCUUCCUUGCCACCGACCUGGGCUAUCAUGGCCGAAGCUGAUCUUUACAAGUUCAAUCCAUGGGAGCUUCCAGAGAAAGCAUUUUUUGGAGAGAAAGAGUGGUUUUUCUUCAGCCCAAGAGAUCGCAAGUACCCGAAUGGCAACAGGCCCAAUCGGGCUGCUGGGUCAGGUUACUGGAAAGCAACUGGCACUGACAAACCCAUCUUGGCACCUGAUGGCAUCCAGUGCAUCGGCGUCAAGAAAGCUUUGAUUUUCUACCAGGGACGCCCGCCGAAGGGCACCAAGACUGAGUGGGUCAUGCACGAGUACCGACUUCUUGACUCCUCCUUCCCCUGUCAUGCUAAGAGGACAAAAGACUCAAUGAGACUGGAUGACUGGGUUCUGUGCCGAGUUAAACACAAUGGGGCCGUGCAAGCUGAGAACGGAGAAGUGCAGGUAUCCUUAAAAUCGCAACAGUCUGCCAAUUUCAGUAAUCAACAAGACAAUCAGCAACAUUUACGAAUUGAAAAGAGCAGCUUCUUUGAGUGGAGCGACACGCAACUUCUUGGUUACCUUCUUGGCUCAACGGAAAAUGGAGAAAUCAGCAAAUUGGGAGAUUCUGAAUCGUGGUCUGGUAGUAGAUGUGCUGAGCUUGGUGAGUAUUUCGACGUGCAGCAGGAGUCACUGCAGUUGGAGGCCAAAGCCCACGGCACGAUGAAGAGGUCAUGCUUUAGCUCAGUCGUUGAUGAGCUGACGCUGCAGCCACCCAGCAAGAGAUUACAAUGUUCAAAUAAUGAGCAAUAUUUUUGGCAUGAAGACAUCUUUUCUUUUGAUCAGGGGUUAAUGGAGUUUUUAAGGUCAUAAUUAGCAGUGUUCGUUGCAUUUGUGAACAACCAUUUGUAAUUUUUCUUUUAUAAAUUUUUCCUCCCAUUAUUUUUUGUUAAUUCAUAUUUGAUUAC